UAUUUAAUUGUCAGUUCGCUUUGGAGAGCUCUGCGUCUGAUGUUAUCAAAAAUUGAACGCUUUUUACGCUUUUCGGUUACUUGUUAGUCAUUUGCUGUGAUCAACAUCAGAUAGAAUUCGUUUGUUGUAGCGAUCGGUAGCACUUUUUUUUGGGUCGUUCGUACUAUAUUUGAAUUUCUAAAUAUAAUUAGUUCGUAUGCCAAUUGAAAUUCGUUAGUGAAUGAGCGAGCCGCACAAGCAAUUUGAUUAAAUACUGAACACACACACAGUAUGUUCAAAGAAAGUGAAACGGUCAUUUCACAUAGCGUACGACUUCAGUACUUGGCUGUUAUAAUCGUGUUUUGUUUUCUUUUGUUAGCAAAUCUAAUUUCGCUAUGCCAUGGCAUGGCAAUAGGUUGGUUGAGUCCCAACCUUCCGAAACUGCAGUCCGAUGAUUCGCCGUUGCAAACCAAGAUGACAUUAUCUGAAAUUUCCUGGAUUGGAUCGUGCUUUUCAAUAGGUGCAAUUCUUGGCAACUGUGUGUUUGGUAUUGUGUCGAAUUUUAUCGGUCGAAAAAAUACACUUUGCAUUUUGGCAUUGCCGAACCUGCUGUUUUGGCUGUUGGUCCUGUUUGGCAGUAAUGCGGUGGAUUUGUAUAUUGGUCGCAUAUUUGCGGGAGCGACAGGUGGCGGAAUGUAUAUAUGCCUGCCGUUGUUCGUUGCUGAAGUGGCCGAUCAAAGAAUUCGCGGUCGCCUGGGCUCAUUGUUGAUGCUCAGCGUCACAAUUGGAAUUUUAUUCGGUUUCAUCGCUGGAACAUAUUUAACAUACUAUCUGGUGCCAAAAAUCUUUUUACCACUUCCGAUCGUGUUUUUCGUGUUAUUUAUCUUUUUUCCGGAAACACCACAAUAUUUCAUACAACGCAAAAGUUUCGAAAAAGCAAAAUUUUCACUAAAUUUCUACCGCGACUGCUGCUGCAAGGAACGAAAUCGUUGCACGCAAAUCGAUUCGGAAUUUGCGGAAAUUCUGCAAUCUGUUCAUGAGCGCUUAGAUCAAAAUGAAAAAUACCGAAAAAAUGCACUCAAAAACAUCUUUAAAUGGGAUUCGAUUAAAGCGAUAUUAAUUGGAUUCUCAUUGACCGGCAUCAAUCUAUUCAGCGGAACAUUUGCGUUCGUGAAUUAUACAGCGAGUAUUUUCAAAGAAUCCGGCUCAACGCUUGAUCCGCACGUUUCAUCAAUUAUAGUUGCUGCCAUACAAAUAUUCGGUGUUUAUGGGUCAACGCUAUUGGUCGAUCGCAUCGGUCGUAAAACUCUACUAAUAUUUUCAACAUCUGGUGCAUUCGUUGGACUUAUAUCGCUCGGAAUUCAUUCAUAUCUCAUUGAAAAUGGUUACGAUUUGACUGCAUGUAAUUGGAUCCCAUUGAUAAGUUUCUCAACGUUCAUAUUCAUCAGCUGCUUUGGCAUAUUACCAUUGCCUUUCAUAGUUUUGACGGAAAUUCUACCGGCCGAGGUGCGGACAUUUGGCUCCACGCUUUGCAUGCUCUCCAACAGUGUUUUCGCAUUCAUAUCACUGAAGACGUUCCCAAUUUUAAUGCAUUCGGUUCAUUUGUAUGGCGUUUCAUGGAUUUGCGCUGGCGUAUGCUUUUACGGUAUUCUAUUUAGCAUUUUCAUACUCAAAGAAACAAAAGGAAAGAAUUUAAAUGAAAUUGUGCCAAAACAACCGACAACUAGCGCCUAGAUAAAUUUAUACUCGAUGUUCAACACUUUUUUUUAAAUAAUUUAUAAAUGUGAUCAAUAAAUUCAUAAUUUCAAAAUCAA